AUGGAUGACCAAUCUAGUCUAGAAGCUCAAAAUAACAGAGAGACCAACCUGAAGGCGGCAUUAAAAGGAGGACCCAAGACCAGAGCAGGAGCAAAACAACUUUCAAUCACAACUACUCAACGAGAAGGUAAAAACACCGAAGAAAUUGAUGAAAGUGGCGAAAGCGACCAAGACAAAGACGAAGACCCACCAAAUGAACAACAAACGACAUCAAAGAAGACUGUUAAACAAGUUAUUACCUUAGAUGACCUGAAUAUGGACGACGGAGAGAACUCAGAUGAAGCAGGUAACAAGGAAGCAACAAGCCCGAUAUUCAAUGAGAAAUCCUCUUCAGACGAUUCAUCAUCAGAAGACGAUAAAAUCAGUUAG